AUGGAUGUACAAGGCGGUGAUUCGCCCAAUUAUUGCAUACGGUUCGCUGGUUUGGUGGAAAGCCGUAGAGAUGAACUACAUACGCACAAUGUUAGGCAGGGUACAAAGGUCAGCCUGCAUUGCGACUACUGGGGCGAUCAGAUCAUGUCCAACUUAGUUGGAGGAAAUGGAAACGAAUACCACUUCAAGCACAAGACCUUGCCACACGCUCGCACAAGGCGUAGCAUUACACAUACGCGGCUGCUGAAGAGCCAUCCAUUGGUUCACACUGCGAUUCAACAGCCAGGAUUCAAACGGGUAAAACGUGGUCUGCGCCCUGCGAUUCCUGCAAUUCAUGGUCUUAAGUUCGAUGCCACCUACAGCGUUCAACCAAUUGGCGUUGAACCAACCGAUCCGUAUUUUCCUUUGCAGUGGUAUUUGAAAAAUACGGGACAAAAUGGCGGGAAAAUGCGUUUAGAUCUAAAUGUUCAGGCAGCAUGGGAUCAAGGAAUAACCGGGAAGAAUGUCACAACUGCAAUAAUGGACGAUGGUGUGGAUUACAUGCACCCCGAUUUGAAGUUUAACUAUGUAAGUAUAAAUUUAUAUAAUUGA